GGUGCUUGACCCAUCCUGCGCUGUUGGAGUCCUGCUCGAUUGGUUCAAAAACCCCAGGUAAAGUCCUAAAGCCCUUCAUUGGGAUGACUCUCUUAAUUUUGGGGCAUUGAUUAUGCAGAUUGAUUGGCGCAUACAGGCCGUAGCUUUCCAAACGGCCUCCAAGGUGGAGUGCUAGACAUCGCGUGCAUGAGCUUCACUCGCACAAGUCUUCCGGUGUAGUGCUUCGGACCCUCUUCCCGCUAACACCUCUGCCACCUAAACUCAACUUAUAUUUUAAAGACGAUGUGGGUCAAACUUAAUAAUCUCUCGUGGUCUGCAGGAAGUUGGGGGUUUGUUCGUUCCCUCUCUCGAUCCGCCGAGUCUUGCUUCUGCUCCGAGGAACUUGGAGUGUCCCAUCCUUGAAAAUGUUCCAAUCGAGCAGACGUCCACAGCCAGAGUUGCCGCCAGCAUGCCGCCCAGAUGACCCACGAAAAGAAUCGAAUUGGAGGCCUGCUCUGCGGAGAAUCAGACGCGGCAUAUUCUCUCGUAAAGGAACCCCCCAACCUGCUAUAAUCUCUCCCAAUCCAUCGUUGCUGCUCAACGAAGUCAACCAACAACGCUUGAACCAGCGAACUUGGCAGUCGACGGAGGGGGGAGAGACAAGAAAUCCAACGUAUAAGCAUUUCAGAAAGGAGUCCCAAACCGCACCUCCCCCGGAACGUCGGCAGACUCCACGAGAACUGAACGACUCCAAGGGAUAUAACUUCUUCAAGCGGAAGUUAAUAAAGUCAAAGAGACAUAAGAAAGGAAGCAAGGAAGAUGUCCAGCCCCAUCAGCAUAAAAGAAGGCACACCGAUUUAGCAAGGCCAAUUUCCACCGUCUAUGUGCCAACACGGAAGUCAGUGGAACGAGAACCCUUACUGCAAAGACCCUCGACCGCCGCUUAUAUACCCCAACAUGCUGCAGCCGACUUUAAGCGGAUGAGCAACUAUGGACCCCAACUCGAGAGGUAUGCCUCCUUGGACGAGGAGAUACGCAGUGCUUCACUCCAGCCUGGCCAUCCAGUCACGGUUCGGCCAGUUGCCUUCGAGCCUGACGGCGAAUCGGGCGACUACCAGAACUUCGUCGCACAAUCAAGAGCCGAAGCAGCGAGAACCUACGAGUCCUCUGGCCUCCGCUCACCGAGCAAGAUCCUUCCACCCCAUACAGCGGAAAUCAUGGGUGAGAUUGAGGCGAGCUAUCACGCGGCGAUACCAGACCGUCCUCGCCCUACCACCUCAGCAUCUAAACACGUGAGCGGGAGUGGGAGUUUCUUCGAGAAGGUUGGGGAAUAUUAUAAGCCAAGUGAGUCGGGGGUGGGUAUGAAGGAGACAGAGGGAAACCAGGAUGCUACUUUGAGGGAUCAGCCGGUUUCUGUGGGAAGACGAGCGUCAGGGCGAUCAACAACAUCCAGGCCAGUCAGCAGAAGUGAAAGUUUCUUAAGGGGUGUUGGGGAGUAUAUCAAGCCCAGCAAUCCUGAUCAUCACCCGGGAGGAGCGAACAAUUCACGGACUGGUCCGACAGGACUCCCUACUUCCGGCGAUGUGGAGAGACAAGCAACACGUUGGUCGAUGAUGAGUGGGGCUUCGCGGAGAUCGUUGUCGCAAGAACGGGAUUGGGAAAGAGAUAGAAUGGCGGUGCGAGCCUCGUGGACGAGUGAUAGUAAUUUUGGGAGAGGAACGAGCUCGAAAAUACCAACUUCACCGGGCUUGGACAGGUACAAUCGAGGUGUGAGGAAGGGACUGUAUUGGCGAUAGAUAAAAUUCACGAUAAUAAAUGACGAGUACUUGAUAUCUCA